GCCCGUGAAGGCAGAAGGCGUACGCAGGGGCGCAGUAUAAGACGCGGGGGAGCGGCACGUUGCUUUUAACUACUCCGUCCUUAGCUUGUCGGUGCGGGCUUCUUAUUUUAUUUUUUUCCCCUUGACUAAAGAGAAGGAAGGUAAAAAAAUAAAACGCAAGAUGGGAGUGGAAGGUGGGAUGAAAUGUAUUAAAUACCUGGUGUUUUUCUUCAACUUUAUAUUCUGGCUCUGCGGAAUUGCUCUCAUUGCCCUGGGGAUUUUCGUACAAAUCGAGCUCAAAGACACGCUGGUGAUGACUGGCCCAGCAUCAGCCUCUGCUGCUCCUAUUGUCAUCCUGUCCGUGGGCGUCAUAGUGUUCUUCAUCUCCUUCUUUGGUUGCUGUGGGGCAGCAAAAGAGAACUACUGCAUGAUCACCACGUUUGCCAUCCUGUUGACUCUAAUCUUCCUGGUAGAGAUUGCAGCUGCCAUUGCAGGGUACAUCUUUAAAGACAAGGUUCGAACAGUGAUUGAAAAUGAAAUCCAGGAAGAAAUGAAUAACUACAACCGUAGUUUAGACGUGAAAAAAACUUUGGAUAAUUUGCAGAAGAAAUAUUCCUGCUGUGGAGUUGCUAGUUAUACUGACUGGUUUAAUGUCACAAAACCUGAGCCUGGAAAAGUACCUGCCUCCUGCUGCAAGAAUUCCACAGACUGUACCAAAAAUCCCACUCGUGACAAUACUUACGAAGAGGGUUGUGUGAAAAAAAUAGAACUUUGGCUGCGGAAUCAUAUCGUGAUCGUGGCUGCAGUUGCGUUGGGCAUUGCCUUCUUUGAGAUCCUGGGCAUCAUUUUUGCCUGUUGUCUCAUGAAAGGAAUCCGCAGUGGCUAUGAGGUCAUGUAAUAGUUUCUGUUCCUGUACAUCUGGCUGUUAUGAGGCCCAAUCACAAAGCUCUGGAAUACUUUCAUCUCCAUUUCUGUGGAUACAGUUGACCAUCAUGUGCCAAUGGGACAGGGUUGGGUGGAUGCCUCCUCUUCUGUUGCCUGUUAGGAAAAUAUAUGCUGCCCUCAAAGAAUUCACAUGUUGCCUUAUCUCUCUUUUUUCCUCUCCCAUAAUGGACAGAUUUAAAUCCAUUCCUUGCACCUCACUGCAACUCCUAACCUUGCAUUAUCCUUCAUGUGAGACUUGUGUGCCACCUAGUGGGCAUCUGAUGAUAUGUUCCUAGUGCCCUUAAUAGAUGUGAGCAAGCAUAUUUAAAGACAUUAUUCUACCUUUUUGAGUCCUUUCAAGUAGACUGUCUUAUGUGUUCGGCUAUAUUUCUCUCUUCCUUUGGAAAGAUAGACUCUUGAUUCUAUAUAGGUCAUAAUAAGGAAAAUUGUCAGGGCUAAUAUUUUUAGUCAGUAAUUCACUAUUUGGAAAAUAAAAGAUAUUGUUUCACCCA